UUUCACUGGGGCAGCCCUGAGCUUUGCUCUUCGUAAGCAGCUGUCAUUGCUUUAUGCUUGGUCCAUACAGAUUGCGUUUGCUUAACUCAUUGUUCUGCUACAUGCAUGUAAACUUCACGCAUGUAUAACUAGCUAAGCAUGUUAGAAGCAACUGCAUUAAAAGUGGGGGGAGGGGCUAGCUAGCACAGCAGGUUCAUUCACUAGCCUUUAGCACCUUUCCCCUGUGAAAGCUCAGGUUCAAAUUCAGCUCACGACACUAGGGAAACCAGCUUGAAAGUCUCCCAGUUGACAUUACCAUUUCACAAAACAACCAGCAAGCAAUCCACUGAGACACACUAGGUAUGUGCAUAAACAUGACAAAGACAUUUUGAUUUGUGUUUUUCUUUUUCAUUUUUCAAUUUACAGAAGUUUUCUGUGUUAAAAGCAAUGGCAGCCGGGGUCAUUCGAAACCUGACCAAUUUCAGAUUGGCCUUCCAGCACCCCUUCUACACCCUCACUGACCAGCAGGAGGACAUGGACUUCCAGGAGGGGUCCAGUGAGGAGGAGGAUGAGGAGGAGGGGGAUGGGGAGAUGGAGGAGGAGGAGGAGGGGGAGGAGGAGGAGGAGGAGGGUGCAGGAGACACCGAUGCUCCCCAGCACAGCUCCCACGGCACCACUGAGAUGACAAUCCAGCUGCUGCGCUUCGCAGACCUCAUCAGCUGCGACAUCCAGAGGUACUUUGGUAAGAAGAGCAAGGAGGAGGAUCCCGAUGCCUGCGAGAUCUACGAGGACAGGCUCUCCUCUGUGGGCCGGUCGGGGCGCGAGCGCUACUACGCAGACCUGAUGAGGGUGGCUCAGAGCAGGGGCCGCGAGGAGGAGGAGGAGGAACUCCCCCACGCCCUGAGAGCCCUCUGCAGCCGGGACAGCAUCCAGCAGCUGGGGCCCCUGGCGGAACUCUUCAGCGUCGGGCUGCGGAGGUAUGUGAAGCCGGGGGGAGCUGAGCACGCACGGAGGCAGAAGGGGGAGUGCAGGCACGGCCAGGGGGUGCCCAUGUGCAAACGCAGGCUGCCCCCCUCCUUUUGGGCAGAGCCGGCCCCGCACCCCACCGCCUGCCUGCUCAGCACCACCAACACCCCUGACUUCAGCGACCUGCUGGCCAACUGGACUUGCGAGAGCAGCCAGGAGCUGCAGGGGGUGAGCAGCACAAACUCACCCAGGCAGCAGACGCUGGAGCCUGCACAAUAUCACAUAGCAUAGCCCAGCCUGGCCUGGAUUUAUAACAUACUGGACAUUAUCAGAUUAUUUUUUAAAACUGUUGACCAAGAAACCUACCAAGAUUGUAUAUGUGAGAUUAAACUUAAUAAUACAUGUGUGUUUUACAAAUGCCUCCCUUUCAGGGCUAUGUCCUACUGCUUCAGCAUUGUUCUAGUGCAUGUACCGCGCAGUGUUUGUGUGUGUUUUAAGUGCAUAAAACUUGUGAUAUUACCAAAUGGUUCUCGUCCCAUUCCAGUCAAGAUGAUGUAAAUGUUCCUGCAUUGCUGGCGAAUGAUCUACAGAGUUACUUUCAAUAGCUCCCCACACACACAGAAGCACAGAAGGGUCCUCUUAUCAGGACCGCAGCUCUGCUCUGCAGCAAAGUCCUGGAACACUGGCCCACAUGCAUAUGUAUGAGAAAGUAAAGCAGCGACCAAAACGUCCUGGAAGAGGAUGCGAGAAACAAGAAGCCGGUAAGCUAGAGCGAGAUGGGGAAGGUGAAGAGGUCAUCGAUCCCCUCUUCUGUUCCGUUGUGAAAGACAAUGACACACCACCAGAGUGUGCAGCAGCAAGUCC